CUCAAUUCUCCAUACUAAAGAACUUCAUUCUUCAGCCCACUCCACCAUCUGGAAAAUCGCAAAGGACAAAAAAUGGCAUCCAAAAGCAACCCCAACGUUCCCCAAAAGAAGCGCAAGAUCGCAAACCGAGCCAAGACUCAACGCAAGAAUGCCAUCAACAAAAUUACUAAGAAUCCAAGAGGUACCAGAGCUAGUACUGUUCUCUUCCCUACGAGUGGACCUCUAGCACCUGUAUCUGGAAAGAAAGCUCGAAAGUUGCAGAAGGCGCAAAACUGUGCACGUCAAAGAGCAUUGGACCAGGCUAUGAAAGAAGGAGAAGUCAAAAUGACUGGUCAGUAUUUUAUAGAUCCACGAUUGGGAUGAGGGCUUUGAUGCUAAGUAUAGUUUAGAUGCGCCAGAGACUCCAGAGACAGCAGCAAAUGCAGAGACCCAGGGAAUGGAGGUUGAUAACAUUGCAUAAAUAAUGCGAGCACCGCGAGGAAUAAUGGAGUCAUGGCGAUUGGAGUUAUGGUCAAAACAUAAAAAGUCGCAUAUUGAACGAAAUAUUGGGUUUCUAUCUCGAAGAGUGGGCGAUACGGUUGUUAUAUUCAGACAUGGACAUUUUUAGAUAUACGUUGCCCAUAUUGUAUUGUCAAAUGGCAGCAUCAAGAGGCUUCAGGAUAAAUGCGUCGGGCAAAGUAAAAUUCUUCAAUCAUUUUUCUUUUCAGCAACUAUUUACACUUCUGAUGU